GUCGCUCCAGGGCUUCCGUCCGGGGCGGGGUCGCGUGUGACCUUCCGUGUUUGCUGUAGCCCGACAUGGCGGAGUAUUCCUGCGUUAAAUCCACCAAGCUCGUCCUGAAAGGGGCGAAGGAGAAAAGCAAGAAGAAGCACAAGGAGAAGAAAAGGAAAAGGGAAGAGGAUGCGGCAGAGCAACUUGAUAUUGUUGGAAACUGGUGGGCUAUCAGUAAUUUCGGUGAAAUUACAGGAACUAUAGCUAUAGAAAUGGAUAAAGGUGCUUACAUCCAUGCCCUCGACAACGGCUUGUUUACGCUUGGAGCACCACAUAAAGAUGAUGAAGGCCCUAGUCCUCCUGAACAGUUUACAGCGGUAAAGUUGUCUGAUACAAGGAUUGCUCUGAAGUCUGGUUAUGGCAAAUACCUUGGUAUAAAUUCAGAUGGACUUGUUGUUGGACGUUCAGAUGCAAUAGGAUCAAGAGAGCAAUGGGAGCCUGUCUUCCAAGAUAAGAAAAUGGCAUUACUAGCAGCAAAUAGCCGUUUUAUUAGAUGUAAUGAAGAGGGAGACAUAGAAGCCAAAAGCAAAACAGCAGGGGAAGAAGAAAUGAUAAAGAUUCGUACUUGUGCUGAAAGAGAAGCUAAGAAGAAAGAUGAUGUUCCACAAGAAGACAAAGGAAAUGUUAAACAGUGUGAAAUCAAUUAUGUAAAGAAAUUCCAAAGUUUUCAAGACAAAAAGCUUAAAAUAAGCAAAGAAGAUACAAAAGCCCUUAGAAAAGCCAGGAAAGAAGGCACUUUUCAUGAAAUGCUGCUUGACAGGAGAGCAAAAGUGAAAGCGGAUAGAUACUGCAAGUGACAACCAGCUGGUCCAUUUUCUUCUGCAUCUUUGAUGAUAGGGUCAAAUUGAAAACAAUAGUAAAAUGUUUUAUAAUUAUUUUUUAUUGAGGGUGUUUUGCUGAUGUUUUUAUUACGUUAUUUUUAAAGAAUCGCCUGAGAGCUAUAAUUAAGCAUCAAACUAAUGUCAUCUUUCAGUAAUGAAUACUAUUAAGUUUACUCUAAAACUACAUGCUAUUGAAAUAGUGAGAUAAUUGUUUAAUGGAAAAGAAAUUGACCCACUGAAUCUUCCAAGGCUGAUGUAAGGAACCUGAACUUAGAGACAGGGCAGAAGAGAACAACAAUGAAGUUCAGAAGUAAAAUAUAGUUAACACAUUGAACCAUUAAGAAAUAUGUAACUGUAUUGAACAAGAAGUAAUUGAAAAUGCAUGCCUUGGAACGCAUCCUACCAGAUCCUGAAUAGGACAUCUGUGGAGCUAUUCUACACUGCAUCAGGUGAGGACUGGGCCAGAAUAUUCAGGCUUCAUAAAACAAGGUUCAAAACAGACCCACUGUUCAAGUUGAUAAGUGGCGUAAUGCAUAUGCUGGAAAAGGUGUUGACAAGUCACAAGAACCCUGUUACAAAUGAAAAUGCAGGUGCUUCGUAAGAAAAGGGGAUGGCUUUUUUGUGUUAGCAGGCCGCUUAUUUUACAAGAGGGAAAAACUGAUUUUGCAAACUUGCUGGUUUCUCUAUGGCAUGGACUUUAGUUUGUUUAAUAAAACAGUAGGGACUUUUUUUUAAGGUCAUGGUAUAAUAUGCAUUCCUAGUAUCUCAUAUAAAAUAUGAUUGCCCCUGUCUGCUCUGAUGACCAAGAAGCUUUUCAGUAACAACAUCUCCACAGGAACUACCUCAGUCAGAACAAUUGCUUACUCUCUCCACAGCUUCUGUAGUCUGCAUCAUAAAGAUUACUUGGUGAGAAUGUUGAGGAUUUUUAUGGUAAUAAUUUGAAUUGUCUCUGUGGAGCUUCUCCUAAUUUUCAAUUUGAAUUGUGCACAUAGUACAAACCUGUAAGCUCAUGCAAGAUAAUGAUGUGUCUAAAAAGAGCACAAGAACAGACCAAUAAAGUCUAGUCAGUAGUGGCAACUUAUAUUGGUCUAAUUUCAUAGGCAGUUGGUCUUGAGGAAGAAGCAUGAGAAUUUAAGUACAUCAUAAUUGUUUAAACCCUCUAUUGACAUUUCAGCAUGAAAACAAAUUAUAGCUGGUUAGGGAAGGCUAGCUGAGGUUAGCAAUAAAAGCGUUUAUUUUUCAAAGCAUUUAGAAAAAUAUGGAUAGAGCCCAUACAGAUUUUAUGGAACCAAAAGAAGAAAAUCUCCACGGGCUGGGCACAUUUAUGAUGUAACAGAGGGAUUUUUAGAAACUCAUUUGUUUCUAGAAAGGCAAACAAAAAUCCAGACCUUUCUCUGAUGGCAUUUUUAAGCUUUCCAUACCCAGCUCUAUCCCACUGAGUACAGAGGUUUUUGCCACAGGACUUUUCCCUCUAAGGCACUAGAAUUUGUUUUAUACCUGUUAAACCUAGUAUUCACUUAAUACCUUUUGUACAAAAAUAGACGCACUCACUAGUUCCUUGUAUGAAUAUCUAUUUUGGAAUGAGUGCCUUUUCUUCCCGCUUUAGCUUUUUCUGUUGAGAUACUAAAUAAGAAAUCAAAAUGCCCCUUCUGGGGAGCUGGUUUGUGCAGCUAUAUUGGGACAGCUGUGCUCGUAACUUUCUUAUAUGGACAAAUCCUUGGAGACUUUCCUAUCAUUCAAGCUACUCCAUAAGAUUUUGUAUUUUAAUGCUGAUAGAAGUUAUAACAGAAUGCUGAGAAAUUAAGUAAAAGCAAGGUCUAUGCUGAAUGGAAAAGAAAAUUAGUAAAAUGAAAUUAUCAAAUGAGAAUUUUCCCUUCAGUUUUUGGAAGUAGAAAAGACCCCCCCAGUAGCUGUUUUGUUUUGAACUGAAAUGAUCUUCUAGAGAAUUGUCUUUUCCCGUAUAUCUAUCUGAUUAUUGUAUUUCAGGAAGUACUGUUAACCAAAGUGUGGUAGUAUCAGAUGGUCACGUAAACUGAUCAAAUGCUUGACCUUUUUACCAGUAUCAAUAGCUUCAUUUUAAAGUUUUCACAGAUUUUAUUUCUAGUUCUCGUACAAAAGUUUGAGUUUACUCUUUAAGCUUACCACAUAGGAGGAAUGACUGAAAGUUAUCUUUAUUUCCUAUCAGUUUCUAUUAACUACGCAUUCUUUCAAAGCAAGUAAUUGCUGGGAAUAUCAACGUGUUUGUAGUGGGACUCUGCAUUAAAACAUUUGCAAAAAGAAACUAA